AGACAGAUAGCCAAUGGGUGGUGGCAGCCCUGACUCUGCUCCACCAGUAGGCAGCGCGCAGAUGGGCCGGGGCGGCUGCUUCCUGGAGACCGCAGGUGUAGAAGCAGCGCCGCGCCCCGAGUCGGACGGGCUUCCGAAGUUGGCAGGAUGAAUGUGGGGGUGGCACACAGCGAAGUAAACCCCAACACUCGAGUGCUGAAUAGCCGGGGCAUCUGGCUGGCCUACAUCAUCUUGGUAGGACUGCUGCAUGUGGUUCUACUCAGCAUCCCCUUCUUCAGCAUUCCUGUUGUCUGGACCUUGACCAACGUCAUCCAUAACUUGGCUAUGUAUGUCUUUCUACAUACGGUAAAAGGAACACCCUUUGAGACCCCUGACCAAGGAAAGGCUCGGCUUCUGACACAUUGGGAACAGAUGGACUACGGGCUCCAAUUUACCUCUUCCCGCAAAUUCCUCAGCAUCUCUCCUAUUGUACUCUACCUCCUGGCCAGCUUCUACACCAAGUAUGAUGCUGCUCACUUCCUCAUCAACACAGCCUCAUUGCUCAGCGUACUGCUGCCUAAGUUGCCGCAAUUCCAUGGGGUUCGGCUCUUUGGCAUCAACAAAUACUGAGGGAUGGAGCCGGGGACAACAUUGGAACAAAGGGCUAUAACAUCCCUCUCCUUCCGUCAUACUGUCUUCUAUAUCUUGAAAGCCUGAGAACUAGACAGCCUUUCCCAAACUCGCACUGGAAACGCAAACAUCCCCAAAAUUUCACUGGAAAUGGGUGCCCUUGGCUCAGCCCUGCUAGGAGCAGGUUUCUUUGAAUCACGAAAGACAGGUGAGGUAAGGGCCAAAUCACUCUUCUCUACAGCAGGAAGCCAUGUUUGGGCAGCUUUUUGGUUGAUUAUAAGUUUUUCCAUAUUAUCCAUUCCCACUGCCUUCCAGCUCUGUUUUGUUGUGUAUUUUCCUUAUAAUAAAGAUACACUUUUUUCA